UUGUCCAAAGCAAACGAUGUGGCCCAACCUCCUUUGUUCUGAGUUCGAUGUUUCAUUUCGUUUCCUCAAGCGCCUCGGGAUAAACACGAAGAAAAUCUUCUAGAAAAAGCGUAUUUCGAGUGCUUCCUAGGAAUCAAUAAUCAUCUCACCAACACACAUCCACAAUGCCCACCAUCAGACUACAAUCGUCGGACGGAGAAAUUUUCGACACCGAUGUACAGAUCGCAAAAUGUUCCGGGACCAUCAAAACGAUGCUGGAAGACUUGGGUAUGGACGAGGGUGACGAUGAGGUCGUUCCGCUGCCCAACGUAAACUCCGCCAUCUUGCGGAAGGUGCUACAGUGGGCCACCUUCCACAAGGAUGAUCCAAUCCCGGUCGAAGACGACGACAGCAAAGAGAAGCGCACCGAUGACAUCAGCUCGUGGGAUGCCGAUUUCCUGAAGGUGGACCAGGGUACCCUGUUCGAACUUAUACUGGCGGCAAACUAUUUGGACAUAAAGGGACUACUCGAUGUGACGUGCAAGACGGUGGCAAACAUGAUCAAGGGCAAAACCCCGGAAGAGAUUCGCAAAACGUUCAACAUUAAGAACGAUUUCACUCCGGCAGAAGAGGAACAGGUUCGCAAGGAAAAUGAGUGGUGUGAGGAAAAGUAGUGUGAUUAGAUCGUACGUGCGGAAACACAUUUCUUGAGUUUGCUGGUGAUUCAAUUUACACUACUUAUAGGCUGUAGGUUGUCUUGAUGAAGGGCCGGGAUGUUGCAUUAGGCCAACCAUGCUACGCAAAAUGCACUCACACGAGCUAUUGUCAUAGCGUACAUUUUUCUUUCAUUAAAUUUCAUUCAUUAGUUCAAAAUUUGGUUGUUUUUUCGUUCUCUAGAACCGCUAUCGGUUUUGAAUUAUUUUACUAUUUGACCCUCCCACGAUAUUGAAGUAAUUAGUUCGCGAUGCAGAACGAUUAAUAAACGUGUUUCUAACAUAAAACAGUAAA